GGAGAUUCGACCUUGUCUUCGAGUUUGUGGUUGUUUGGAGUCUCUUUUGUUCGUUUUGGCAACUCGUUUUCAGUAAGGUAGAGGAGUUGGUUGUCCUGUGGACGAGAUGCAGUGCGUUUCGAGAGCAUGGCGCCAGGCUUCAAGCCCAUCUCUAUCACCUCGAAUAUUCCUCGGCCAACAACAGUCUCCAAGACAGGCCCCGCGAUGGAUGUCCCGAGUCCAGAUACGCAAGCUACACCAACGUCGGAGGGCGACCACCUCAUCGCUAAAGGCCAUCAAUAACACAUUCGAAGUGGUUGACCAUCAAUACGAUGCUGUGGUAGUCGGUGCAGGAGGUGCGGGACUUCGAGCCGCCGUAGGCCUCGUUGAGAGCGGGCUUGACACGGCUGUGGUGACCAAAUUGUUCCCAACGCGGUCUCACACAGUGGCCGCCCAAGGGGGAAUAAAUGCUGCUCUGGCAAACAUGCACGAGGAUGACUGGAGAUGGCACAUGUACGACACGGUCAAAGGGUCAGAUUGGCUGGGUGACCAAGAUGCGAUCCAUUACAUGUGCCGCGAGGCCCCAAGAGCCGUAAGAGAACUCGAAGAAUACGGAAUGCCAUUCAGUCGCACCGAGCAAGGCACGAUUUAUCAACGACCCCUGGGGGGACAGAGCCUGAAUUUCGGCACCGGAGGACAGGCGCAUCGAACCGCGUGUGUGGCUGAUCGAACCGGCCAUUCUAUGCUGCACACACUGUAUGGCCAGGCCCUCAAGCACAACUGCCAGUUUCACAUAGAGUGGUUUGCGCUGGACCUAAUGAUGGACGGCAAGGACUGCAUCGGGCUGACGGCGCUGGAUAUGGAAACGGGCACCUUUCAUCGCGUCUUUGCCAGGAACACGAUUCUCGCCACGGGUGGCUAUGGCCGCUGUUAUUUCAGUGCAACUUCAGCACACACCUCGACCGGAGAUGGCUUAGCAAUGGCUGCAAGAGCAGGCCUCCCCCUCCAGGACAUGGAAUUUGUCCAAUUUCACCCUAGCGGCAUUUACGGCGCUGGCGUCCUGAUUUCAGAGGGCGCCAGAGGCGAAGGAGGUUAUCUGCUAAAUGGCCAAGGAGAGCGUUUCAUGGAACGUUAUGCUCCAACGGCGAAAGAUCUCGCAAGUCGUGAUGUCGUCAGUCGGAGCAUGAACAUGGAGAUCAGAGAGGGCCGUGGGUGUGGUCCAGACAAAGAUCACAUCUUCCUCCAGCUGUCCCACCUACCGAAAGAGAUACUUAUGGAAAGGCUGCCAGGAAUUGCAGAGACUGCUAGUAUCUUCUCGGGUGUGGACAUUACAAAGCAGCCUAUUCCUGUUCUACCAACUGUACACUACUGUAUGGGAGGCAUACCUACGAACUGGAAAGGCCAGGUUUUGGACGUGGAUCCAAGCACCGGAGAAGAGACCGCCGUCAAAGGUCUAUACGCCGCGGGAGAGGUUGCCUGUGUCUCGGUGCAUGGCGCUAACCGCCUGGGAGCAAACAGCUUGUUAGAUAUUGUCGUCUUUGGCCGAGCCGCUGCUGGACAUAUCGCCGAAAACAACGAGAAAGGGAUGCCAGUUUUCAGGAAUGGCGGAAGCGUUUCGCCGGAAACGGGGGUGGAAGGGUUCGUUGACCUGGAACACCUGCGAAACGCAGACGGAAAGAGGUUGACGUCCGAGCUCCGCGCCGAAAUGCAAAAGAACAUGCAGAACGACAUAGCAGUCUUUCGAACGGAAGAGAGUUUGACGACAGGCCUGGGGAACCUGCAACAAGUAGAAAAGGACUUCAAUGCAGACGUCUGCGUGAAGGACAGGAGUCUGAUCUGGAACUCCGAUCUCGUGGAAACAUUGGAGCUGCGCAACCUCCUGACAUGUGCUGCACAAACCGCCAAGAGUGCUCUUCAGAGGAAGGAGUCGCGCGGCUCCCACGCUCGCGAGGAUUUCCCAGAGAGAGAUGAUCAGAAGUUCAUGCGCCAUUCCCUGAGCUGGCAGAAGGAUGUUGGCGAAGAUAUAGCCAUUGGCUACCGAGAUGUGGUCUUUUCCACCCUCGAUGAGCAAGAAUGCCAGACUGUGCCGCCGAAGAAGAGGUCAUAUUGAGAGCAUCAUUGGUUGGGAUCAUAGCCAUGUACAUACACUUGACUAGUAAUAGCCCAAGGAAAAG